CAGCGGCGGCGGCGGAGCGGCGAGCGGGCGAGCUGAGGCGGCCCGGGCACCGGCGGGAGCUUCUCUCUCUCCAUCUCUCUCCAGGGCUGGACUAAAUAACUUUGGAACUGUCCACCAGCGGAGUCACGUCCUGAACAUGAGCCUCCUCCUCUCCGUCUACCUGCUCGGGUUGCUUGUCAGUGGCGGGCAAGCUCUUCUCCAAGUGACAAUUUCACUUAGCAAAGUAGAGCUUAGCGUGGGUGAAUCUAAAUUCUUCACAUGUACAGCCAUUGGUGAACCUGAGAGUAUAGACUGGUAUAAUCCUCAAGGAGAGAAGAUCAUUUCCACACAGAGGGUUAUGUUGCAGAAGGAAGGUGUGAGGUCACGGCUUACCAUCUACAAUGCAAACAUAGAAGAUGCUGGGAUAUAUCGCUGCCAAGCAACUGAUGCCAAGGGACAGACACAAGAAGCUACAGUAGUUUUAGAAAUUUACCAAAAACUCACUUUCAGAGAAGUGGUGUCUCCUCAAGAAUUCAAGCAAGGAGAGGACGCAGAAGUGGUUUGCAAAGUUAGCAGCUCGCCUGCACCUGCAGUCAGCUGGCUGUAUCACAACGAGGAAGUCACCACCAUUUCCGACAAUCGGUUCUCUGUGCUAGCCAACAAUAAUCUGCAGAUUCUCAAUAUCAAUAAAAGUGAUGAAGGUAUAUACAGAUGUGAAGGAAGAGUUGAGGCUCGGGGAGAGAUCGACUUCCGAGACAUCAUUGUUAUUGUUAAUGUGCCACCAGCAAUUAUGAUGCCUCAGAAGUCCUUCAAUGCCACCGCAGAGAGAGGGGAGGAGAUGACACUAUCCUGUAGAGCCCUGGGCUCUCCAGAACCUUCCAUUUCAUGGUUCAGGAAUGGCAAGCUCAUAGAAGAAAAUGAAAAGUACACACUGAAAGGCAGUAAUAAGGAACUCACCGUGAGGAACAUAAUCAAUAGUGACGGGGGCCCUUACGUAUGUAGGGCCACAAACAAGGCAGGAGAAGAUGAAAAGCAGGCUUUCCUUCAGGUCUUUGUACAGCCUCAUAUCAUACAACUUAAAAAUGAGACUACAUCAGAGAAUGGUCAUGUCACACUCACAUGUGAAGCCGAAGGGGAGCCUGUUCCAGAAAUCACAUGGAAAAGAGCUGUGGAUGGCGUCACCUUUUCUGAAGGCGAUAAGAGCUCAGAUGGCCGCAUCGAAGUCAGAGGGCAGCAUGGAAGCUCAUCCCUGCACAUUAGAGAUGUGAAGUUGUCAGAUUCAGGGAGAUAUGACUGUGAAGCUGCAAGUACAAUUGGAGGGCACCAAAAGAGCAUGCAUCUUGACAUUGAAUAUGCUCCUAAGUUUGUAUCAAAUCAGACAAUCUAUUACUCAUGGGAAGGAAAUCCAAUCAAUAUAAGUUGCGAUGUGAAAUCAAAUCCACCAGCAGCAAUCCAUUGGAGAAGAGAGAAAUUAGUAUUACCAGCCAAAAAUACCACUAACUUAAAGACAUACAGUUCAGGAAGAAAAAUUAUAUUAGAGAUUGCCCCUACAUCUGACAACGACUUUGGACGGUAUAACUGUACUGCUACUAACAGCAUAGGAACAAGAUUUCAAGAAUACAUUCUUGCUUUAGCUGAUGUUCCCUCCAGUCCCCAUGGAGUGAAGGUCAUAGAGCUGUCACAGACCACAGCCAAGAUUUCAUUCAACAAACCAGACUCCCAUGGAGGGGUGCCUAUUCACCACUAUCAAGUGGAUGUCAAAGAAGUGGCAUCGGAGAUCUGGAAAAUCGUACGCUCCCAUGGAGUUCAAACACUGGUUGUUUUGAGCAACCUGGAACCGAAUACAACUUAUGAAAUCAGGGUUGCAGCCGUGAAUGGAAAAGGGCAAGGAGACUACAGUAAGAUAGAAAUCUUCCAGACGUUACCUGUGCGUGAACCAAGCCCUCCAUCCAUACAUGGACAGCCAAGCAGUGGAAAGAGUUUUAAACUCAGCAUCACCAAACAGGAUGAUGGAGGGGCCCCUAUUUUGGAGUACAUUGUGAAAUACAGAAGUAAAGAUAAGGAAGACCAAUGGCUAGAGAAGAAAGUGCAGGGAAAUAAAGAUCACAUCAUUUUGGAACAUCUACAGUGGACAAUGGGCUAUGAAGUUCAGAUUACAGCUGCUAACCGAUUGGGGUACUCUGAACCCACAGUUUAUGAGUUCAGUAUGCCCCCAAAGCCCAACAUUAUUAAAGACACACUUUUUAAUGGUCUUGGGCUUGGAGCCAUCAUCGGCCUGGGAGUUGCUGCACUGUUGCUAAUCCUUGUGGUAACAGAUGUUAGCUGCUUCUUCAUUCGACAGUGUGGGUUAUUGAUGUGUAUCACCAGGAGAAUGUGUGGCAAGAAAAGUGGCUCCAGUGGGAAAAGUAAAGAACUUGAAGAAGGAAAAGCUGCAUACCUGAAAGAUGGAUCAAAAGAGCCAAUAGUAGAGAUGAGAACAGAAGAUGAACGAAUUACGAACCAUGAGGACGGGAGCCCAGUAAAUGAACCAAACGAAACCACACCAUUGACAGAACCUGAAAAACUGCCUUUAAAAGAAGAAAAUGGGAAAGAAGUCUUAAAUGCAGAAGCUAUAGAAAUCAAAGUUUCUAAUGACAUCAUCCAAUCUAAAGAGGAUGACGGCAAGGCAUAACCCCCGGGUUGGAGCAACUGGACCACCAGUACAAAGCGCAUUCAGAUUGCAGUGACCCUAUGACCAAAACUAUUCCAUUGACCUUAAUUUCUUGGGGAAUGUCUAGCUUGGAAUAGCUUGUACACAUAUACAUAUGAUCAAACCUUCCUUCUCAUUGUCCAUUUCCUUUGUUGUUGUGGUUGUGGUGGUUGUUCAUUUUGUUAUAAAUUUUCAGUAUAAAAACUUGGUUGGCAGCAACUUUGGGUAUCAAUUUGACUCUCUGAUUGAAGUCCUGCAAACUAUUACAUGUCUAAAGUGCUCUCCCUUGUCUCACAGGACACCAACAAAUAUAUAUUAAGCUCUUUAAAAUAUGUAGGUGCAAUGGAAAACAGAACAAAAAGCUUUGUGAGCUGAAUGUAUAAGCAAGCGCUGCAUGUUUAUGAAUCUUAUCUUGGACACACACAUGAUGAGUAGGGUUUUCAGCUUAAAGUGAAGGUGCAUAAAAAAUGUUAUUCCAUUUUAUCAGGAGAAUUUCAGGGAACCCAGAUUUGAAAGAGCCAGUUAAUGAUCACCUGCAGGUAUUAAAGAAAUGAGGAUGUGUUGGGGAAUUAUUUGAUGAUGAUAGUACAUUUUCAACACUGAUCUUUGAUACAAUGAAGUACCAGGUCAAAAUUGUUACCCAUAUGAAAGAAUAUAAAUCAAGUGUAAAAUUAGAGUAGAAGGACUCCCUAAACCUCUAUAUGCCAUAAUCACUCACAAUGAAUGACACAAAAAUUCAAUGUAUUUAUAAUGUUGAUUUCUGCCCUCAGCUUCAAAAUAAAAUGAAUUGACAUGGGAACAAUGUGAAUAUGUUAUCUUGAGAUAUUUAUAAUUAUAUAAUAUUUUUGUUUUAAUAUAAUUUACCAAAAACAAAAUUAUUACUCUAUAAAUACUUUAAAUCAAAUUGUCAGGAAUGUUUUACUGUGUAGUUGGGGGAUAGUUUUUAAUAACUAAUUUCUUAACACUAUAUUUAUGUAUAUCCCUCACUAAAUGAAAUCGGCAAUUAAUGCUCAGUUAAAAGAACAAAUUUAACAUACAAUUAAUGUUGCAGAAAAUUUUCAAUAAUGAACAAGUUACCAUUAUUGCUUUUUCUUUCUAUAAUGUUGCAGCUAGAACCCAUUUUAAGAUUUUGAUAAACAAGUCUAGUUGAAUUAAUUUUUUGACUAUAUAACAUAAAAUUUCUAAUAUAACUUGUUAUGGCCUAUAUCAUAAUGCAUUACUUACUAACUUCCAAGCUAUGCAAGCUCCCAGUUUAAAAAAAAAAACUUUUAAAAAGUCUCAACUGUGAUUUAAAGUAUAACAUAUUUGUAACUAUAAAUACACAAACCCAUUGGGAGCAGGGUUUAGAUUAGUUCUUAAACUAGAGAUCCAAAGGAUUAUUUGGUCCCCAUUACACUCAUAACCCUUGGUGAUUCAGGCAUAGACUGAAUAACUCCAAUAUUGACUGGCUAGAGAAUACAACCCACUAUUAGAAGGAACUGUUGGCAGCACAGAGGACCUGCUUUGAAAUGGAGGCAAUUUGAAGAAAAUUAAAUAUAAUGUCUAUGGCACUCACGAAUUGGUUUAUGAAGUGCUUAAAAUUGUCAGGCAAGGCAUUAUUUUGCUCUGUUCCUUCCUUGGCUAGCUGUCAGCUGUCCAGAACAUGCCCACCUGCAUCUAAAGCACCACAGCUUCCAGGUGUCAUCUUUGUAAUCUCAAGGCUAAAUGUAGGAAUCUCUCCGCUGCAAUUGAUGGCAUCUUCUCAAGAGGAAAAUAACAAAUCUGUGCCUAACUAGGAAUUAGAGCAGUGUCUAAAACAGUUCUUUCCAUCCUUCUAAGUAACUUGACUAUUCAACUGGUUCUUGGCAGAUUUGACAGUGGAUGUUUAAUUUACAUUUGUCUGAUAUUUGCUUUGCUUAAGUUAGGUUUGCUGUCAUUUAUGUCCUUUCAUUUUUUUUUUUUUUUGCAAUGGUGUGAUAAAACUAGUCAAAAUACUUGAAUUAGUUUGUGCAAAGUGAAUAAGCUUAGUAGUGUCUAUAAAGCAAUAGCCAUGAACACUGAUUUUCACUGAAUAGGGCCACUUUGUUUAAACAGAUAGUGAACUAAUUGGGAUGACUGAGAAAUUAGCUCCGCAUGUUUACUCUUGUUAUGUUUGUGCCACACUGCAAGAACAGAGGUCAGAACAAAGAGCAGAAUAUUGUGUCUUCUCAACCUGAAACUUCUGUUUUCUCACUUCUUUGGAUUUUCUAGAUAAAUCAUCUGAUGUACAUUUAUAGGUGUGCUGUUAAACUUCUUGCCACUCAUGUGGAGAGUCCUUCAUUAUAAAAAAAUAAUAUAAAAUUUGGAAAUCAUUUUGACAGACUGUUUCAAGUGCACAGUUUCUAGUGUCUAAUCGAUGCUUAAUUCUUGUUCUGGAAAUCUGGCCAUCGCUGUGAAAAACUUUUUUAAAACAUAACAGAGGAAUGCUCCAAAUUCCACUAUUUGUAAAGGUUCCAAAUAAGACAUGUCUCAUAGGAAACUGAAAGAUAUGACUUGGACAGAAAUAACCUGUUUCUAUAUCUAAUUUUUCUCUUAGACAAAAUUAUUCUGUGUAACUCUGUAAAUAUUUUUUUUACUGUCUUAAGGUCCUCUUAAAUGUCCAGAGUUGUCAAAAUUUAUAAUAUAAACUGUACCCAAUCCCAUUUUAAACCAAGAGGCAAAUGCUAGGUUAUGCACAAACAAAUAAUGACAAUCUAUAUUCAGCAUCCUAAAAGAGAAAAUGAUAAUGUCAGAACUUCAGUAAAUAUUUUGUUGUUAAAAUGCCACAGAUUAAAGUGUCAAUAUAUUUUAAAAUGAUUAAGAAUUGUGACAUCAAUAGAUUAUUUAUUGUUUUCAUGGUGAGAUGUAUUGUUACUCUGUUUUUAUUAAUGUCUAACAUGAAUGUAAUCUCUCUACUUUUCCCUUUAACCUUAGUAGAAAUGCCUACAAUAUCAAUUUGCAAAAUAUUUUGACUCCAUAAACUUCACAUGAAUCCUAGACAUUGAAUUAAAUGUUUAUAGAAAUAGAAAGAUUAUAUCAAUCAAAUUAUUUACAAGUGCCAGCAAUGAAUUAUAACUUGGCAACCAUGCCUUUAUUUUGUGCUUCUUAUUUUGAAUAAUUAAGAGGUAUUUGUGCCUUUGAAUUAGUAAGUCACUACUUUAUAAAAAGAAAAAAAACAUACUACAACUUCCAUCACUAUUGACGUACAUGGAUUAAACCUGUGACACUUGAACUACACUGUAUUAUUUACUUUCAUUGAGUAAGCUUGGUGUAAGGUCUUUUACUUUGACUAUAAAGUCCAAAUAUAAGAAAUUAUAGUAACACUGACAAAAUAAUUUUAUGCAUACAUGAAAUAUUUUUAUUUGUUCUACAUUAUCUUUCUCAAAGUAACUAUAUAUAGAUAUUGGAGAAUAGAGUUGUUAGCAGAGAGAAAAAGUCAACAGAUAAUUUUGAGAAACAGGGCAAAUUACUGUGGUGUCAUUUUCUUCACUAUUCCUAUUGAGAUUAAAAAUAAUCCCUGGGAUAACAUACACAUCAUUGAAAAUAUAUAAAUUUGAAGUGUUAGAAAGGGAAUUUUACAUUUCUUAAGGAAUAUUGGUAUAACAUAAUUAUUUAUGAAAUUAGCAGUGACCUUUUUCAUGGAGAAUAAUAUAAACACCACUGGAAUUUCUCAUGGAGUUCUUUUCUAAAGUACUUUUACAACAAACUAUUAGGAGUUGAAAAUAUUUUAAAUGAGAUAGUUUGCAUUAUUUAGUUAUAGAGACAAAGUAUUCACCUAUCUUUAUUAACUCUUAGGAGCAUUCUUACAUAGUCCCUGUAACAGAAAUUGCAUGCAUAUACUAAAAUUAAAUGGUGGGAUUUUCAAAAAAAUACUCAGAUCACAAAAUGAUAACGUUUUAACAUGUUAUUUACUUCAAUAUGAAGCAAUGAUGUGUGUAAAUUAAAAUGUUGUAAAAGGGCUUAUACAUAGUAGUUGCUAAGGACAUAUAAAUUUCUUUCAGGUCCCACCCUUCCUGUUUUUAAAAAUUGCAUUUACUUAUGCAGAUGCAGAUAUGUAACAUCACUACAGAAGAAUAUUAACAUAUUAAUUACUUUCCCUUGUAUAAAAGUCAAAGACUUUUAUAUUAUAUAUAAUGAUAAAUAUUUAUUUGAUAACACUUUUAAUAUUUUUAGUAAAACAGUUCAUUAUUUUUAAUGACUUUAUCAAUAACUUGAAUCUUUUAGUUGAUGUAUCUCUUUAAUUUUUCACCUUAAAGUAAAUUUUUAGGCUUAUGAACACACAAUGUUCACAAACGUUGUGUAAAUUCCCAAUAUAAAUUAAAUAUUACCACUUUGUUUUCUUGUCUGAAAUGAAAAUACAUAUCUCUUAGCAUCUAGUUUUAGCUUUUCUGGGAAAAGAAUAAGUAAAGAAUGACUGUCAGAGCACGUCAAUCAUGCGAGAAAGGAGAGCAGAGGACAAAAGAAAUUUAAGGACGCUGAAAGGCAAGCCACAGGCUUACAUUGGAAUGGGUAAGAAAGACCCGAAUGUGAGCAAUGCUGCACCAGUGGGUAGGACCAUUUUUUAAACAAAAAUUCCAAUAACACUAAAGCAAAGCGGGGGGAAAGCUAGUGAAAUCUGGAAGAAAAUGGUUAACAGUCAAAGAAUCCAUGGUUCCACUUGCAAAGAAGGCUUUUUUUUAUUAAGAAAAAAUGUUAUUAUAAAAGAAGUGGUAUUGUUGCGAGCAAACAUAGUUUGUCCAAAUUUUAAGAAAUGUUUAUGGUUUAGCAUUUGCCUCUAACCCCUGUUAAAAAUAGACCAACUUGUUAGAGAAGGUAAACAAAACACAUUUUUGGUACGUGAAUUCUGUGUUCUGAUCAGUAUGCAUUAAAACAUGCAAUCAUUUAUUUUCUUUAACUUAUAUAUUUCGUCAGAAUUCUAUAUUCUUCUGUUGACUAUCAUGUUUUCUUAUUGUUUCAAUAUAGUAUGUCCCUAUGAAAUGCUGUAUAUAUAUGUCUAAACUGUAAAAAGUAUACUGCAAAUGUUGAAGUUUUGUAUUUAUGAGAGACAUUGAAAGUAUGGCUUAUGGUAUAUCAAAAUUGUCACUCUUCACCAUUUGUAUAUUAAUAGUAAAGAUACUUUUACUUUAAUAAAGUGUUAAAUUUUAUGUUUUUUUCUAAUAA